AUUUAUAUGUUUACGUUUACACGGAGCGGCCGAGCACAACGUCUCCACUGAACUCAACUACUCGACACCACCGAACUAUCUAUACGAAACGGUGAUCGAUCUCGUCGUGCGCUCCGAACCGCGUGAUCGAAUGUACGAUCGGAUCGGCGGUCGGUGAGUUCGUACCGUUAUGACAGCUGAACACCGUCGACCAUCUCCGCGCGCGUGAAGUGCAAUCUUCUUCAAACGGCACCAUGUUCUCGAUGUGCAAACAGAUCCGGGUGCCGACCUCGGUCGAGCACGCCGUCUACUGCCACUUCUUCAGCCGGGUGGAAAAGUGUCUGGUGGUGGCCGGCGUCAACGUUCUGCGCGUGUACCGGCUGGUGCCGACCGACACGACGUGCCAACCGCCCAAGACCAAGUUCGAGUGCCUGGCCCAGUACACGUUGUUCGGUAACGUCAUGUGCAUGCAGUCCGUCACGCUGUGCCCCGGCUCGCCCGACGCUCUGUUGCUCAGCUUCUCCGAGGCCAAGUUCAGCCUGGUCGAGUACGAUCGCGACACGCACGGUCUGCGCACGUUGUCGUUGCACUAUUUUGAGGACGACAAGUUCAAAGACGGCCACACUCAGCACUGGUCGCCGCCGUUGAUCAGAGUCGAUCCCGAUGGCCGGUGCGCGGUCGGCCUGGUCUACGGCCGUUAUUUCUUUGUCCUGCCGUUCGGCCGCACCAUCGACGAUAACGUUAAAAGUGCUCAAGUCAUGCCCAGCUACACGAUACCAAUAUCUUCCAUCGAUCCCAAAAUGAACAACAUUAUGGAUUUCGACUUCUUACACGGAUAUUAUGAACCGACUUUACUCAUUCUCUACGAGCCGGUGAAAACUUUUGCCGGACGUAUAGCAGUGAGAAAAGACACAUGCGCAAUGGUUGCCAUUUCUUUAAAUAUUCAACAACACGUCCAUCCGGUCAUUUGGUCUUUAGAUUCAUUACCGUACGACUGUCAAAAAGUCAUCCCUGUAUCUCGUCCAAUCGGUGGUGUUCUGAUAACAGCUGUUAACUCGCUCAUUUAUCUAAAUCAAAGUGUACCUCCUUUUGGCGUUGCUCUCAAUUCAAUUGCCAAGACAAUGACUAACUUUCCUUUGGGACAGCAAGAAGGCAUUAAUCUGAUUUUGGACCGUGCAACCGCCACUUUCAUAGCUAGUGAUAAACUAGUAACGUCAUUAUGCAACGGUGAUUUAUACGUAAUCACACUGUAUGCUGAUAGCAUGCGUGCGGUAAGAAGUUUUCAUUUUGAAAAAUGUGCUUCUAGUGUUCUUACAACAUGUAUAACAGUGUGUUUGGAUUCUUAUUUAUUUCUUGGUUCAAGACUUGGUAAUUCAUUACUUCUGAGAUACUAUGCACGGUCUCAAAGCAACGAUGAUGAGCCUAGUAUUAAACGUAAAAAAACAGAUGAAACUGAUGAAGAUCUCAUUGAAUUAGAAGUAUAUGGCAGUGAAGUACAAACAUCGAUUUGCUUAGAAAGUUAUAGUUUUGAAGUAUGUGAUAGUAUUAUAAACAUUGGACCAUGCAGUCAAGCGUCUUUAGGUGAGCCUGCUUAUAUUUCGGACGAAUUUAGUAGUGAUGAACAUGAUGUGGAAUUAUUAUGUACGUCCGGUCAUGGUAAAAAUGGAGCUUUAAGUGUUUUACAUCGUUCCAUAAAACCUCAGCUAGUCACUACAUUUCAUUUAGAUGGCUAUAAAGAUAUGUGGACUGUUCAUGGUGAAGACGAUUUCCAUACUUUUAUGAUAUUAACGAAUGCAGACUCAACUCUAAUCCUUCAAACUGAAAAAGAAAUCAAUGAACUAGAUUCAUCAGGUUUUGCCACUAAAGAACAUACUGUUUUUGUAUGUAAUAUGAGUAAAUUUAUUUUGCAAGUUUUAAGAAACUCUGUGAGAUUACUUAACGGUUCUGAACAGUUGCAAAGUGUUUCAUUGGAAUUUGGUUCUCCAAUAGUGCAUGCGUCUAGCAGUUAUCCUUACGCUGUAUUGCUGACUGAAGAUGGACAAGUGAUAAUAUUAACUGUUAAGCCAACAGGGAAGGUCAUACUCAUGAAACCCACAAACUUUGAUCAAAUACCACCAAUAAAAACUCUAACUGUAUAUCGAGAUGUAAGCGGUCUGUUUUCAUACACUAUGCCUCAAGCCGAAAUUCCUUUGAUUGGUCCAAAAUUAAAACAUGAUAAUUUUAUCAGUGAUUCUAUAGAAGAUGAAGAAGAGAUGUUGUAUGGCGACACAAGAGAUCCUUCGUCCAAGGAAACCUUUCAUAGUUCUGUAUCAAACAAAAAUACAUUGUGGUGGUUAAAGUUUUUAGAACAGCCAGUACCAACAUAUUGGGUGGUGCUCACACGAGACAAUGGUUACAUGGAAAUUUACACGUUGCCUGAUUUUACUGUAAAAUAUCGAGUUGCUGAUAUUGACGAAUCACCUAUGGUUCUCAAAGACAGUUUAGACAAAGGUUGCUAUUUCCCUAAAAAAACUGAAUCAAUAAAAGAAAUUUUGGUUGUACCACUUGGGUAUCAAGACAAAAGACCAAUCAUGUUUGUUAGAUUAGAUAAUGAGGUUGUAAUUUAUGGUGUUCAUCGACAUUCAGAAGGUACAUUGAAAAUGCGUUUUCAUAAAAUAACUUCCUUAUUAACAUUUCAGACAAGAUCGGGUAAUCGUCUGGAAGGAACUUCAUUACUACGUUAUUUUAGUAAAGUAGCUGGAUAUAAUGGAGUUUUUAUUUGUGGACAAAAUCCCCAUUUAGUAUUACUCACUGUACGUGGUGAACUGCGGUGUCAUCCAUUGCAUAUAGAUGGACCAAUUACUUGUUUUGCACCUUUCCACAAUAUUAACUGCUCACAAGGUUUUUUAUACUUUAACUCCGAACACAAACUUAGAAUAUCUAUAUUACCUACUCAUUUAUCAUAUGAUGAACCUUGGCCAUUGAGAAAGGUUCCGCUUCGUAAGACACCACAUUUUAUAGCCUAUCAUUUGGAAACAAAGACUUAUUGUGUGGUGACUUCUUCAUCUGAACAGUCAUCAUCCUACUACCGAUUCAAUGGUGAAGACAAAGAACUGACUACAGAAGAACGUGAUCCUCUAUUUCCACUACCUAGUCAUGAAGUUUUUACUCUGGAGCUGUUUUCCCCUGCAUCUUGGGAACCAAUACCAGAUACAAGUAUUGAGACUGAAGAUUGGGAAUAUAUAACUUGUUUGAAAAAUGUUGCUUUGGCAUAUGAGGGAGCUCGUAGUGGUCUUAAGGGCUACAUAGCAAUGGGUACGAAUUAUAGUUAUUCAGAAGAUAUCACGAGUAGAGGGCGCAUAUUCUUAUUUGAUAUCAUUGAUGUUGUCCCAGAGCCUGGAAAACCAUUGACUAAGAACAAGAUAAAAAUGAUAUACGCCAAAGAACAAAAAGGUCCAGUCACAGCUAUUACCCAUGUCGUUGGAUUUUUAGUGACUGCUGUUGGUCAGAAAAUUUACAUUUGGCAACUUAAAGACAAUGAUUUAAUUGGAAUAGCUUUUAUAGAUACUGAAGUCUAUGUUCAUCAGAUGUUAAGUAUUAAAAGCUUGAUACUGGUUGCUGAUCUUUUUAAAUCCAUUACUCUCUUGCGAUUUCAAGAAGAAUACCGUACUCUAUCUUUAGUGUGUCGUGAUUCCAAACCAUUAGAGGUGUUUGAUAUCAAUUUUCUUAUUGAUAAUACAGAACUUGGUUUCUUGGCUUCAGAUAAAGAUCAAAAUUUGCUUCUCUAUCUUUAUCAACCAAUGGCUCGUGAGAGUUAUGGUGGUCAACAUUUGAUUCGCCGUGGUGAUUUCAAUAUAGGAUCUAAUGUGAAUUCUUUCUUCAGACUCCGUUGUAAACAAUCAACAGUACCAUUUGAACGACGAGAGAUUCUUGGCUCUGAUAAACGACAUGUUACUAUGUAUGUCACCUUAGAUGGUUCAAUCGGAUAUAUUGUCCCAAUACAUGAAAAAAAUUAUAGGAGAUUGCUCACUUUGCAGAACAUGUUGGUGCGAAAUAUAUCGCAUCUAGCUGGAUUAAAUCCUAAAGCGUACCGCAGUUUCAAGGCGACUGCUCCAGAGAAAAUGAACCAAGCAAAGAGAAUAAUUGAUGGUGAUCUCAUUUGGAUGUUUGUUACAUGUUUGAAUACUAGACAACGUAAUGAAAUUGCCAACAAAGUCGGUGUUAAAGUAAUAGAGCUUUUACAAGAUAUAUACGAAUUAGACAGAACUACUUGGCAUUUUUAAUAUGUUUUAAAACUUGUACCAUAGUAUAAAUUUUUUAUUAUAUUUGAUUUUUUGUAAUUUUUUUUUCAAACAACUGUUUCUUUGUUAUGUUCUGGUAGAUUGUACCUAAAUAGAGUUUUAUGAUACCACCAAAGUCUAUAAAAAGCUACAUUCUAUUACAUUUCUUAUUGAAUAUUUUUGAUAUUGAGGUUUUUACUCUAAGGUUAAACUCGCAUGAUCUUCUAAAAUGUACAAUAUAGGAAAGUUUAAAAUUAUAAAACUGUUAUCUGUUAACUCUCAGCAAGAACGUAGAGUCAUUAACAGUAUUAUUCAAUAACAAUAUUAUGAACAAACUAUUUUUCACCAAUAGUGGAAAAAAAAAAAGCUUUCAUUGUAUUGUUUUAGAGCUAAAUUGAAUUAGUAAUUAGUACAAUCUCCCAAUGACUGAUUAUCAUUACACUUGUAAGUUUUAAGUUUUCUAAGUCAUAUUGUAAGAAUGGUGUUAUAAAGUAAUUAUAUUUAAUGUUGUUUAAAAAUGUUUAUAUUUUUUUGUAUUAUGCUAUAUUAAUUUAGUUGGUUGUUACAACCUUAAUUAAACUGAAAUAAGAUAUGAGUAGGUAGUCCAUACAAUUAUUUAAAAAAUAAAAUAAGUUAAAAUUUCAAAAUAAUUGAAAUACUAUAAUCAAACAAACAUAAUGAAAAUGGUCAAGAAAAGGCAAAUAUUUCUAUGUUCUUCACAGUAAUCAGGAUAAAUCAAAUCUAUAAUGGGAGUUAUAAUAAAAUUAAUCCAAGAUAGGAGCACACAUAUGGUUUUGUUACAUAUAGAUUUAACUAUUUAGAACUUAUUUUUGCUUCUGAGCCAAUGUUACAAGCAUGCAAAAUUAUUAUCUUGUCUAAUAUGAUUGCAAUUAAACUGUAAUAAGUCAAUAAAAGAGUUCUAUUGGA